CGGGGCAGAGGACGACUGUCAGGGACCCAGGGCUGCGCCGCCACCCGGGCAGGGAUGCCCGCUGCCUGAGCCCCCCGUAGGCGAGAUGGAGGAGGAGCAGGAGCUGCCCUUCCCGGACUCGCCCUCUGAGAAGCGCUCGUGUCCCGGGUCCCUGGGCUCCAGCGAUGAUGACGACGACGACGGGGAUGCCGAGGGGCUGCUGGCCUGUGAGGACCUGGAGCUGAACCCGUUCGACGGGCUGCCGUACUCGUCGCGCUACUACAAGCUCCUGAAGGAGCGGGAGGCUCUGCCCGUGUGGACCGAGAAGUACUCCUUCAUGGAGGCGCUGCUCCAGAGCCAGGUGGUCAUCGUGUCCGGGGGCGCCAGGUGCGGCAAGAGCUCGCAGGUUCCGCAGUGGUGUGCCGAGUACUGCCUGUCCGUCCACUACGAGCACGGGGGCGUGGUGUGCACGCAGGCGCACCAGCAGACGGCCGUCCAGCUGGCCCUGCGCGUGGCGGACGAGAUGGACGUGAACAUCGGUCACGAAGUCGGCUACGUGGUCCCUUUCGAGAACUGCUGCGCCAGCGAGACGAUCCUGAGGUACUGCACCGACGGCAUGCUGCAGCGGGAGAUGAUGUCCAGCCCCUUCCUCAGCAGCUACGGGGCCGUCGUCUUGGACGACGUGCACGAGAGGAGCGUGGCCACCGACGUCCUGCUGGCACUGCUCAAAGACGUUCUGCUGGCCAGACCGGAGCUGAAGCUCGUGAUCAAUGCCUCGCCGCUCCUGGUCGGCAGGCUCGGCUCCUACUACGGAGGCGCGCCCGUCGUGGAGGUGCCGGACGGGCACCCUGUGGAGGUGGUGCACCUCGGCGGCCGGGCCCAGAGGGAGGCCCUGGAGCCUGUUCUGCGCCUUGUCUUUGAGAUCCACCGCUCUGGCGAGAAGGGUGACAUCGCGGUCUUCCUGGCCUGCGAACAGGAUAUUGAGAAAGCCUACGAGAUUGUCUGCCAAGAAGGAUCCAACCUAAACCCAGACCUCGGCGAGCUGGUGGUGGUCCCUCUGUAUCCGAAAGAGAAGUGCGCGCUGUUCAAGCCGCAGGACGACGCGGAGGCGAGAGGCCCGGCUCGCCAGAGAAAGGUGGUGCUCACCGCCAGCCCCGGGGAGGCUCUGAUCUGGGGCGGCUCCGUGAAGUUUGUGAUCGACGUGGGCGUGGAGCGGAGGAAGGUGUACAACCCCCGAAUCAGGGCGAGCUCGCGGGUCACGCGGCCCAUCAGCCGGAGCCAAGCGGAGAUCCGCAAGCAGAUCCUCAGCACCUCGCCUUCAGGAAAGCUGUUCUGUCUGUACUCGGAAGAGUUUGCCUCCAAAGACAUGCAGCCACUGAAGCCGGCGGAGAUGCAGGAAGCCAACCUCACCAGCAUGGUGCUGUUCAUGAAGAGGAUCGACAUCGCAGGCCUGGGCCACUGCGACCUCAUGGACAGACCAGCCCCGGAGAGUCUGAUGCAGGCCCUGGAGGACCUAGACUACCUGGCGGCGCUGGACAACGACGGCAACCUGUCCGAGUUCGGGAUCAUCAUGUCGGAGUUCCCGCUCGACCCCCAGCUCUCCAAGUCCAUCCUGGCGUCCUGCGAGUUCGACUGCGUGGACGAGAUGCUGACCAUCGCCGCCAUGGUCACAGCUCCCAGUUGCUUUGUGCACCCGCCGCGCGGAGCGGAGGGGGCUGCCCUGGCUUGCUGGAAGACCUUUUUACAUCCUGAAGGCGACCACUUCACCCUCAUCAACAUCUACAAGGCCUACCAAGACACAACUCUGAAUUCCACCAGCGAGCGCUGCGUGGAGCAGUGGUGCCAGGACCACUUCCUCAGCUGUGCCGCCCUCAGGGCGGCGGACGUCAUCCGGGCGGAGCUCCUGGAAAUCAUCAGGCGCAUCGAGCUUCCCUACGCGGACCCCGCCUUUGGCUCCAGGGAGAACACUGUGAACCUGAAGAGAGCGCUCCUGUCCGGGUACUUCAUGCAGAUCGCCCGGGACGUGGACGGGGCGGGGAACUACCUGAUGCUGACGCACCGGCACGUGGCGCAGCUGCACCCGCUGUCGGGGUACGCCGUCUCCCGGAGGCUGCCCGAGUGGGUCCUCUUCCACACGUUCAGCAUCUCAGAGAACAACUACAUCAGCAUCGCCUCCGAAACCUCUCCGGAGCUAUUCAUGCAGCUGGCACCACAGUACUACUUCAGUAACCUGCCUCCUAGCGAGAGUAAGGACAUCCUGCAGCAAGUAACGGGCCCCCCGUCACCCGUGUCCACCACGAAACAGGAGCAGCACGCGUGUGAGGGGUCCCCCGAAACCCCCGAACAGAGAUGCGCUGUGCAGUGACGCUCAGACUGUCCCGGUGUGGCGCGCCGGGUGGCCCACGACGCAGCGGGAGGGGGCACGUCAGGGUGUCACACCCCACGCAGGAGGUGCCUGAAAAAUCCACACUGUAUACUAUUUUCAAAUAAAAAAUAGAAGUUUUUAUUGAGCUCCUUAAA